UUCUCUCUUAUUUGAAAAGUUGUUUUCUAUUUCUCUCAAAUCCCAAAACCGUGGCCCGUGUGGCGCUGAGCCAAUUUCUUCUUCUCCCAAGGACUAAGCUGCAAAGGUUUCGCUAGUCCCCUUCUUCCUCCACGCUCCGGUUCACCGCCGCCGUCUCCGGCCGUACCAUCUCAUCGGCGACAUGCCCGAAACUGCGGCGGAGGCCAACCUCCGCAGGCAACUAGAGCAAACCCUCGCCGCCGACCCCUCCAUCCCGCUCCACCACCACAACCUCGGCGUCUUCCUAUGGGGCCGCGCGGAGGCGGAGCAGGAGGGCGAUGGGGACGAAGCGCUGCGGCUCCGUGCCGCGGCGGCGGAGCAUUUUAUCGCCGCAGCCAAGCUGAACCCCAACGAUGGCGUCCCCUUCCGCUUCCUCGGCCACCACUACGCGCGUAGCCGCGAGACGCAGCGGGCGGCCAAGUGCUACCAGCGCGCGGUGGCACUCAACGCUGACGAUGCUGAGGCUGGGGAGGCUCUAUGUGACUUGCUAGAUGUCGAGGGGAAGGAGAGCUUGGAGCUUGCUGUGUGCAAGGAGGCAGCUGGCAAGUCCCCUCGCGCAUUCUGGGCCUUUCAGAGGCUUGGCUACUUGCAGGUUCAUCAAAGGAAAUGGUCAGAUGCCAUACAAAACCUUCAGCAUGCAAUACGAGGUUACCCAACAUCUGCAGAUUUAUGGGAGGCACUUGGUCUGGCAUACCACCGUUUGGGCAUGUUCACUGCAGCAGUAAAGUCAUAUGGACGAGCUAUUGAACUUGAUAGUUCCAGGGUCUUUGCGUUGAUAGAAAGUGGAAACAUCCAGCUAAUGCUUGGCUAUUUCAGAAAGGGAGUUGAGCAAUUUCGUUCUGCUUUGGAAAUGGCUCCACAUAACCAUUCAGUAUACUUUGGACUUGCUUCUGCAUUGCUUGCAUGGUCAAGGAAUUGUGUAACUACUGGGGCCUUUGGCUGGGCUGCUACCCUGCUGAAGGAAGCAUCUGAAGCUGCCAAAAUUUGUGCUUCAUUGACUGGAAACCUUUCAUGUGUUUGGAAAUUGCAUGGAGAUGUUCAGCUUGCAUUCGCGAGAUGCUUUCCGUGGGUGGAUGGGAAGAUCAAGAGGGAUGUAGAUGCGCAGAUGUUCAAAGAUUCUGUUCAGGAGUGGAGAAAUGCAAUUCUGUCAGCAGCAAAUGGUGCAAAACUCUCAUAUCAACGUGCUUUGCAUCUUACACCCUGGGAAGCUAAUGUUCACAAUGAUACUGCUAUUUGUCUUGAUCUGAUAUAUUCCAUGGAUGGCAAUAACAGACACAACCCCAAUGUUUGGGAGCUGUCAGAGAAAAUGUCACUUGGUGCCUUGAUACUGGAACCAGUUAAUAAGGAUUUCUGGGUUACAUUGGGUUCCAUGUCAAGUGAUCUAGCUUUGAAGCAGCAUUCUUUCAUUAGAGCACUUCAUCUUGAUAUGUCUCUUUCUGAAGCUUGGGCAUACCUUGGAAAGUUUUACAGGCAAUCAGGUGAUAAACAAUUGUCUAAAGUAGCAUUUGAUCGAGCUAGAAGCAUUGAUCCUUCGUUGGCCUUUCCGUGGGCUGGAAUGUCGGCAGAAAAUUAUCACCAAUCUGGGGGCAGUACAGUAAAUGAAUCUUUUGAAAGCUGCUUGAGGGCUGCACAGAUCCUACCUCUGCCAGAGUUCCAGAUUGGCCUUGGAACAAUUGCUGCCCGUACUGGUAAUCUUCUUUCACCUCAGGUGUUGAUGGCUGUAAGGCAGGCUGUUCAUCGAGCACCUCAUUACCCAGAGUCUCACAAUAUAAAUGGCUUGGUUUCUGAAGUGCGAUCAGAUUUUCAGUCUGCAAUCAGAUUUUAUCAACAAGCGAGAUCUGCUUUAGGCAUGAUGAACAAUUCCAAGUCAGACAAUAAAGAUGCUUUUGCUGAUGUUUCAGCGAACCUUGCCCGGUCACUAUACAAGGCUGGUCUUGCAACUGAUGCAGUGCGGGAGUGUGAAGAGUUGAGAUCUCAAGGACUGCUGAACAUGGAUGGAUUGCAGAUAUAUGCUCUUGCAUUGUGGAAAACUGGACGGAGUGAGGAAGCUCUUUCUGUAUCUAGAAACUUGGCUGAAAAUUUAUCUGGCAUGAAACCAGAGAGUGCUACUGUGGCUUUGGGAUUCAUAUGCACAUUGACGUAUGCAAUUUCUGGGAAGGACCCUGCAGCUGCAGUCAUUCACAAGCUUCCUGGUCAACUCAAUUUCAGCUCGCAGUUGAAAUUUAUUAUUUCUGCAUUGGAUGCUUUGCAUCCAAACAAGCGUUUCCAGUUGCCUCAGUUGAGUAUGCCUCCUAGGCUUACAUCCUAUGAAGUGAUGAGUGAAGUCCACUCGAAUAUUGCUCUUGGGAAGGCAAUUGAGGGGGAAAUGGACAAGCCUUUGAGGGUUGAUGCUAGCUUGUCUUACCUGAAAAAGGUUCUGCAUAUGUAUCCUGAUUGCAGUUUAGUGAGAAACCAACUUGGAUCUCUGCUCCUGUGGAGUGGAGAUUGGAUGGCUUCUCAUAAAGCAUUAAGGGUUACUUCUGUGACACAUGGUCACACAUCCAAUAUGGGCCUAAGAUCUGCACAUCAAAUUCAAGCAUCUGCAAUGGCUUGUUGCUAUGCUACCUGCACAUCUUAUCCAAAGUUCACUUUUCCAACAUGUGAACACCAGUACUUAAGUGGACAUGAUGAAAUACACCACUUGCAAAGGUGGGUUCAUCGUGAGCCAUGGAACCAAGAUGCACGUUACCUGCUUGUCCUUGCUAUUUUCCGAAAAGCCCGUGAAGAGAAGUACCCCAAACAUAUUUGUAUCAUUUUGAAGAGGCUCAUUAUGCAAGUGCUAUCCAACGUUAGCAAUUCACAUGAGAACACAGUUGUGCAGUAUGAGGUGUUCUUGCUUCUUCUUUUAUCUUCAGAGAUCUGUUUGCAAUCUUUAGACUAUGAAAAUUGCAUUGCUCAAGCUAAAGCUGCUCUAAGAAUGACUGCCUCUAGCUGUGUUGAUACUUUCUUUGCACACUUGCAACUGUGUCGGGCCUAUGCAGUGCAAGGGGAUCUUUUGAACUCCAGGAAUGAGUACAUGAACUGCUUGAAAAAACAUACGAAUACUGAGAUGGGUUGGGUAAUGCUGAAGCACCUUGAAUCUGCAUGUUCAUUGGAGGCCUCUUCUGAUGAAAUAUAUAAAAAUCUUCGUGAGUGCAUUAAAAGGAAUGGCAGUGACAUGUCGAAAUGGAUGUCUCUUUUCAAUCUAGCCUAUGCUCAAUGCUUUAUAGGGGAUGAAAACUUUGCAAGCGCUGAAGAAGCUCUUGCUCAGGCAUGCGCUGAAGGAGAUCCGGAUAGCUGCAUCUUAUUCCUCAAUGGUGCGACCUGUAUGGAAAUUGCACGGAGGUUUGCAGCUCCUCAAUUUAUAUCCCGUGCAGCUCCCAGCCUCAGAAAGGCCCAGCAGAAAUCACAUGCAUCUUUACCUCUGGUGUCACUUCUACUGGCACAAGCCGAGGGCAGCCUUGGCUCCAAAACCAAGUGGGAGAAGAACCUUCGCCUGGAAUGGUUCUCAUGGCCCCCAGAACUGCGGCCUGCGGAAGUGUACUUCCAAAUGCACCUGCUGGCGAGGCAGUCUGCCGCGGCGGCUUCCCAGCAGAACCAGCUGGUGGAGACGAUGCAGAGCCCGGAGAGCUGGCUGCUUCGGGCGAUUCACCUGAACCCGUCCUGUUCCCGGUACUGGAAGGCUCUGCUGCAUCUUAUGGACCUCAACACGCUGGGCGCCGCCGCCGUGCUCGCCUUCUCCACCACGGUCCCGCUCUCGGAGAUCGCCUUCGCGGUGCUCCUCCUCCCCUACCUCCUCGUCCUCGCCUGGGUCGCCUUCCCGCAGCGCCCCGGCAAGCCCAACCCGGCCGCGCCCGUCUUCCCGGGCCUCGGCGGCCGGCUCCGCCUCGCCGUGCACACCGCGGCGGGGUUCGUCGUCGGCGCCGCGCUCCCGGCGCUCUACAUCCUCGACGGGCUCCGGGCCGGGGACACGGCCGGCGUCGCCGCCGCGGCGCCGCACGCGUUCCUCCUCUCCGCGCAGGUCUUCACCGAGGGCAUCGCGGCGGCGUGGCCGGGCACGUUCUCGCUCCCCGUCAGGGCCGCGGUGCCCGUGAUGUACAGCGCGCGCAGGAUGUUCGCGGCGUCCGAGUGGCUGCGGGAGGAGCUGCAGGAGCGCGACGAGCUCUCGCGGGGCCCGCCCGUGGCGCCGCGGCGGGUGGCCGCCGGCAGGGCGCUCGCGGCCGCCAACCUGGCGUUCUGGGGGUUCAACCUGUUCGCCUUCCUGCUGCCCUUCUACCUGCCCAAGGCGCUCCGGAGGUACUACCUCCGCACCGAUCAUGAGGAUGAUGGUGACCAUCGCGCGCGCGCCAAGGAGCAGCAGCAGAGGCAGCUGCACGAGGGCGAAGGGAAGAAAGACUCCUAGAUCAGGAUUAGCUGGAGAUGUUUCCGACUUGUGUGUGCGUGUGCGCCUUCAUCAAUCGACGCUAGUUAUUUUGUUUCAUGCCCCAACAAAAAAAGGUUAUUUGUUUUCUUCUUGCUUGAUGCUACCAGCAACGCUUGCAGUUGCAGAUUAGCUUCUACUAGACUACUACUACCAAAUAUUCGGGAACGGAUUCAUCGAUUGAGGGCCUGUACCAAUUAUACGCACGAUGAAUUGGAACAUUAUCAGGGUCGUGGAAA